CUGUGAAGACUCUCCCUACCAGCCCUCCUGGGAAGCCUGUAACAGCUACUGUAGAUUCAUCAGCCAUCACGCUCACCUGGGAGAGUCCAACUGUGGUUGGAGAAGGAGUCAUUAUAAGUGAGUAUAAGGUGGAAUAUAAAGAGGAGUCCAGAGAUAUGAGUCAUGAAGGGAAAGACGAAUGGAUAGACCAAAGAACAGAAGAGAAAACCGAGUUCUGUAACGUUUAUGCGCUGAGGCCUGAGACGCCCUACAGAUUCCGAGUGUCGGCUGUGUGUGCGGACGGAGCUGUGAGUGACCCAAGUGAGGAGAUUUCCAUUUCAACAGUGAAGGUCUGGGCAAAUCUCCCAGUAACAAGUCUGGCCUCUGUGGAGAACGCAGCCAUUGAGAUGCCGGCUCUGGGUCGUCCUUUCCAGCUGGGGAUGCUGUACGAUUGCCGCACAGACUCCAUCAUCCCAGGUAUCACACUAUUGGACAGUGCGGCUCUUAGAAAGGACGUGGAUAUGCAAAAACAAUACAAGACUGAAUUUCAGGUUAUUGCAUCUGACACCAUUGCGGCUAAGGCCUCUGCACUCCUUGCUGGUGAAUCGCUGAAGGCCAGUUUCCUGUGUGGUUUAGUUGAAAUGACUGGAUCUGCUGUAUAUUUAAGUGACACCAGGAAAUCCAGACAUCAGGCCCGAGUGACUCUCCAAUACAAAAUGACAACGAGGUCUGAGCAUCUGACAAUGAGCCAUUUAGGACAGCAGGUUACUUAUCCUGCUGUAUUCGACCAAGGCAAAGCAACCCAUGUGGUCACAGCUGUGCUGUAUGGGGCUCAGGCUUUCUUUGUGUUUGAUCGGGAAGUUUCUUCACCUGAGAGUAUAGAAGAGAUACAGGGAAAGAUGAAACUUACGAUAGAAAAAAUACCAAAGAUUUCAGAAGAAGAUGGAGAGUCCAAAAUGGAGGAUAAGGAAAUAGAAAAGACUGAAAAAAUCACUUGUACAUUCUAUGGUGACUUUGGUCUUGAGAACAAUCCAGUUACUUAUCAAGAUGCCAUAAAAGUUUAUUCCACCCUCUCUAAGUUGCUGGGAGCCAAUGGGGAGAAGGCCAUACCAGUGACAGUCCGACUGUAUCCACUCAUCAAGCAAGAUUCCAGAGGCACUCAGCUGAUACGUGAGAUCAGCGUUGGGCUGAUUUCUAAUGUUGAAGCUGUCAUGGAGCACCUCACAGAAUUAGACACGCGGUGCAAUGACAUGAUGAAGGACAGAACUGCCACAACUUUCCCUGAAAUCAAGAGGAAAGUCCAGCAAUUCCAAGCUCUGUGUAAUCAGUACAGACAGGCUUUCCAGCAACAACUAUCAGAACUCUUACCCUGUAUCCGUGGAGGAGGAGCAGAGGAAGGGGCCCUGGGGGACAUUUUAAGCAGCAAAGAACAAUCACCAUUCAAUACUCAGCAACUCAAUGAAUUUCUGGAUACCAAGGAGCAAGAGAUGAAUUUAGUGGAUUUCUACCUUACUGUGCUACAGAAUGUGGAAGUCGUAUCCUCCAAGAGUGAACUAGAAAAAAUAGUACUCAGCCCUAAGCAUGAUUCUGUUGUGUCUUUCACACUUACUUCAUUACACAACAAAGAACAAUAUUUAUUAGAUUUGAACUUUUGGCUUAAAAGACAGUUUCUGGAGAAAAUUCAAGAAUCAGCACCAGCCAGUUCUCCCUAUGAGAAAUCAAACUCCAAACAGUGGUUUGAGGAUGAAGAGAUAAGAAGAAAAGCACGAAAAUUCACAAAGUCCUUCUUAGACUUUACUAAUGUCAAUAAAUCUCAAGCAAAGACCCGGUUCAUUGUGGCCUCCGUUCCAGAUGAGGACCAUCCAGGAGCUUCGAUUUACCUGUAUGCAGAUGGAGAGCUGGUCAGCCCCAAUUUAGAGCCUCCAUCAAAGCCUCUUCCAGCCCUGAUGGAUGGAAUCAGACAUGACCGUGUGCAGCUCACGUUUAACCCAGCAGCCUAUGGCAGGGCUGCGAUAUCCGGCUAUCGGGCAGAGUACAGAAUUGUAGGGCAGGAGAACUGGAUGGCUGUGGAUGUAAAUAACACACAAGAGACAUUCACAGUAACAGGGCUACGUGCAAACACCGAGUACCAGUUCCGAUACGCUGCAGUGAGCAAACCAGGGCUCAGCGAGAGCAGCGACGUGAGUGAUCCUGUGAAGACCCUUCCCCCUACCAGCCCGCCUGCAAAGCCUAGAAAAACUAUUGUAGGUUCAUCAGCCAUCACCCUCACCUGGGAGAGUCCAAGUAUCACUGGAGAUGGAGUCAGUAUAAGGGAGUAUAAGGUGGAAUACAAAGAGAAGACAGGAGAUACGAGUCAGGAGGGGAAAGGCAAAUGGCUGGAACGAAGGACAGGAGAGAGAACAGAGUCCUGUACCAUUGAUGGACUGAGGCCUGAGACGCCCUACAGAUUCCGAGUGUCGGCUGUGUGUGCGGACGGAGCUGUGAGUGACCCAAGCGAGGAGAGUUCUAUCUCAACGCUAAAGAAAGAUAAACAUUUAAGUAAAUCUGCGUAUUAUUCCCUCAACUACAGCCCUCUAGUGCCUGGAGCUACUGGAUCAGGGCCGGGGAGCGGCAGCCGACGCACUGGGGAAUCAGAACUGAGGAUCAUCCUCGUCGGUAAGAGUGGAGGUGGGAAAAGUGCGACAGGAAACACCAUCCUUGGGCGGGAGGAGUUUGAGUCCGUACUGGCAGCAACACCCGUUACUCAGACAUGCACUGAAGGCAGCAGGACCUGGAAUGGAAGGAAGAUUGUGGUUAUUGACACACCUGCUAUUUUUGACACUAAGGACUCUGAUGAACAAACCACCCGUGAGAUCAGUCGCUGUAUGGAGCUCUCCUCCCCAGGCCCCCACGCUCUGGUGCUGGUGACCCAGCGGGGCCAUUUCACUGAGGAAGACCAGCGCGCCGUGAGGAGAGUACAAGAGAUUUUUGGCCCCGAGGCCAUGAAGUACACAAUCGUCUUAUUCACCGGCAGAGAAGACUUACGGAGUGGAACCCUGGAGGACUAUAUCUCCCACUUGGAUCAUCUUUGGCAGCUGAUCGAACAGUGUCAGGGCCGAUUGUGCGCUUUCAACAAUAAAGCUCCAUGGGCGGAACGGACUGCCCAGGCUGAAGAGCUGCUGACUAAGAUUGCUGAUAUGGUGGAGAGGAAUAAAGACCAUCUGGUGUGUAAAGCACCUGAGAAGCUUCUAAGAGAAGGGCUGGGGAGCAGCAGCCGACGCACUGUGGAAUCAGAACUGAGGAUCAUCCUCGUCGGUAAGAGUGGAGGUGGGAAAAGUGCAACAGGAAACACCAUCCUUGGACGGGAGGAGUUUGAGUCUGUACUGGAGGCAACGCCCGUUACUCAGACGUGUAGUGAAGGCAGCAGGACCUGGAAUGGAAGGAAGGUUGUGGUUAUUGACACACCUGCUAUUUUUGACACCAAGGACUCUGAUGAACAAACCACCCGUGAGAUCUGUCGCUGUGUCGCGCUCUCCUCCCCAGGCCCCCACGCUCUGGUGCUGGUGACCCAGCUGGGCCGUUUCACUGAGGAAGACCAGCGUGCCGUGAGGAGAGUACAAGAGAUUUUUGGCCCCGAGGCCAUGAAGUACACAAUCGUCUUAUUCACCUGGAAAGAGGACUUAUGGAGUGGAACCCUGGAGGAGUAUAUCUCCCACUCAGAUAACAAACAGCUUCGGCAGCUGAUCAAACUGUGUCAGGGCCGAUACUGCGCUUUCAACAAUAAAGCUACAAGGGAUGAACGGGCUGCCCAGGCUGACGAGCUGAUGACUAAGAUUAGUGAUAUGGUGAAGGAGGAGAAUAAAGACCAACUGUUCUACACUAAUGAGGUGUAUGAAAAGGUAAAAGAUAUGUUUUGUGAGAAAGAUGAAAGACCACAUCGGUAUGCAAAAGAGAAGGCCGAGCUGAGAGAAUUGAUAGAAACACAGAAAUCCUAUGAGAAAAAACAAAAAUCCAAGGCUGAUCAAAUAAAAUUCAGUUUCUUCAGUAUUUUUUCCUAGUGCCAAAAUGUCUGAAGUGGAGAAAUGAUGGUAACUGAGCUACGUCUAUUGUCUGGUUCUCCUGUGGUUUUACCAGGCUUUGUAGAGGCUCAGGAAUUCGAGAUGGAGGGAAAAGAACUUUUAACUCUUCCUAAGUAACAUUUUCAAAGCGCCUCAGGGUGUGUCUGCACGGCAUUUUGGAGUGCGCGGGAGCACGUCUCUCAGCCCAGGUUGAUAAACGCCCGCCCAAACCCUCCGCUCCAGAACCCGAGCUUCAGCUCGAGCUGAAAUGUCCCAGAGCUGUCUCUAAAGCUGUUUUUAGAGCACUAGUGUGAGCCCUGCUAGCCCAGGCUGGGAUGCUUGCUCCAAAAUGCUGUGCAGACGUACUCCACGUGACUUCAGAGCCUAUGUCCCGUUUUCUCCAGGUCUUGGGGGACUGAGACUUUGGAGGAUUGUUCCCGACAGUCAGUGGCGUAGCCAGGUUCUAAGAGCAGGGGGAACGAACACAUUAAAAAAGGCGCCACCCGCUGCAAAGCAGUGAAGAAAAAAAAAUUAAAAAAUGCACUUCCAUCCUUUUAAAA